GGGGGAGAGACUGGGAAAGGUCCUGAGAACCGCCAAUGAGCGGGCGCUAGGCGGUGCUGAGCUCCGAUGCAGAGGAAGCGGGAAAUUCUUUAGACUGGCCUUGAGUGGGCUGAUCUGAGGCUUCAUGGAGGGUUCGAAAUGAGAAAACUGAGAUCCAAAGUGGUUGAAUGAUUUGCCCAGAAUCAGGGCAAAACCCAGUGUAGAAACUGCUAAAGCCAUCAGGCCUAUAGAUCAUAAGUCUAUUCAUCAGAUCUGUUCAGGACAAGUGGUACUGAGUCUAGGCACUGCUGUUAAGGAACUAUUAGAAAAUAGUGUGGAUGCUGGAGCUACUAAUAUUGACUUAAAGCUUAAGGAGUAUGGAGCUGAUCUUAUUGAAGUUUCAGACAAUGGUCUUGGAGUAGAAAAAGAAAACUUUGAAGGCUUGACUCUGAAACAUUAUACUUCCAAGAUUCAAGAUUUUUCUGAUUUAACACAUGUUGAAACAUUUGGCUUUCGAGGAGAGGCUCUGAGCUCACUGUGUGCUUUGAGUGAUGUAAUGAUUUCAACUUGUCAUAAAUCAGCCACAAUUGGAACAAGAUUGGUUUUUGAUCAUAAUGGGAAAAUUGUUCAAAAGGCCCCUUAUCCCCGACCACAAGGGACAACUGUCAGUGUACAGCAGUUGUUUUCUACCCUGCCUGUGAGACAUAAAGAAUUUCAACGAAAUAUUAAAAAGGAAUUCACCAAAAUGGUACAGGUAUUACAAGCAUACUGUAUCAUUUCAACAGGUAUCCGAAUAAACUGCACCAAUCAGGUUGGACAAGGAAAACGUCAAACUAUUUUAUGUACAAAUGGAAACUCCACAGUAAAGGAAAAUAUUGCAGCAGUGUUUGGACAAAAACAGUUACAAACCCUCAUUCCCUUUGUGCAACUGCCCCCUAGUGAAUCAGUUUGUGAAGAGUAUGGUAUUAACUAUAAUGAUACACUACAUAAUCUCUUUAGUAUUUCAGGUUUUGUUUCCCGUUCUGACCAUGGUGUUGGAAGAAGUACAACAGAGAGGCAGUUUUUCUUUAUUAAUCAGCGGCCUUGUGAUCUUGCAAAGAUUUCCAGACUAGUGAAUGAAGUCUACCAUUUAUAUAAUCGGCAUCAGUAUCCAUUUGUUGUUCUUAACAUUUCUGUUGAUUCUGAGUGUGUGGAUAUCAAUGUAACCCCAGACAAAAGGCAAAUUUUAUUACAGGAAGAAAAACUUUUGUUGGCGGUACUAAAGACAUCUCUGAUUGGAAUGUUUGAGAGUGAUGUUAACAAACUUAGUCCCAACCAGAAGCCAUUGUUGGAUGUUGAAGGUAAUUUAUUAAAGAUGUGUUCAACAGAGAUAGAAAAACCCCCUCCAGAAAAGAACAAUCUCAUCUCAUUAAAUACCGGAGAAGAAAAAAGAACAUUAACUAUUGCCAGACUACGAGAAGCAUUUUCCCUUCAUCAUACAACAGAACAGAGUUCUCCAAAUCUGAAAACUCAUAAACAACCACAAGACUCUCCACGACAGAUAAAUCUUUUGUCAUUUUGCAGCACUCCAAGUCCUAAAAACUCCAAACGAAUCUCUGACAAACAGUGCAAGAGUCAGGAAGAAAUUCUGGAGUCAUCCCCAGGCAGAAGUAGCAGUAUGAAUCCAAAGCCAGUGGACAGUGACAAAGAUUCAGGACAUAGUAGCACUUCCACACAGUCGGAGGAAGGUUUCAGCACCCCAGGAAGGAGCACUCACAUUGGCAGAGAAUGUAUCAUGACCCUAACUGAAGAUUACACAUUUUCAGAAGAAACUGUUGAACCUGUUGAGAAAUCACUAGGAAGUGAUAAUCAGUUUUCAAUCACAGAAUGUAGUUUGGAAGAAAAAAGUAUUGAGAAUAAUUUCAGAAAUUUGCCUCAGGCAAGUAAUGACUCACCACUAAAAAGGAAGCGAUUUAAAAAGGAAAUGGCUUCUUUAAAUUUCAGUGUUUCCCCAAAGGUGAUGAAUUCUCAGGACUGUUCAGCAUCUCAAGUGGAUGUAGCUAUUAAAGUUAUUAAAAAGGAGGUGCCUCUUAGUUUCUCCAUGAGUUCUUUAACCAAACGGCUGCAGCAACUGCAGCAGCAGGAACAGCAAAGGGUAAAAGCACAAAAUUACAGAAGAUUUAGGGCGAAGAUAAGCCCUGGAGAAAAUCAGGCUGCAGAAGAUGAACUAAGAAAAGAAAUAAGUAAAGAUAUGUUUGCAGAAAUGGAGAUCAUUGGUCAAUUUAACUUGGGGUUUAUAAUAACCAAGCUGAAUACAGAUCUUUUCAUAAUUGAUCAACAUGCCACAGAUGAGAAAUACAACUUUGAGAUGUUACAAUUGCAUACUGUUCUACAAGGUCAAAGACUCAUAAUACCCCAGGCUCUCAAUUUAACUGCUAUCAAUGAAGCAAUACUAAUAGAAAAUCUGGAAAUAUUUAGAAAGAAUGGUUUUGACUUUGUCAUUGAUGAACUUGCUCCAGUCACAGAAAGAGUUAAAUUGAUUUCCUUGCCAACUAGUAAAAACUGGACAUUUGGACCACAGGACAUAGAUGAGAUGAUCUUCAUGUUAAGCGAUUGCCCUGGAGUCAUGUGCAGACCCUCUAGAGUUAGGCAAAUGUUUGCUUCAAGGGCUUGUAGAAAAUCUGUCAUGAUUGGAACUGCUCUUAACAAGAAUGAAAUGAAGAAACUGAUCUCACAUAUGGGUGAGAUUGAGCAUCCCUGGAAUUGCCCCCAUGGAAGGCCAACUAUGAGGCACAUAGCUAGCUUAAAUAUUAUUUCUCCAGACUAAUGAAUAAUUGUGCAUAAAAUUAUUCUUAUUUUGAAGAAUUGAAGAUUUUAUCAUGGAUUUUCUUAAUUUUGAAAGCAAAAAUUUAAGUACCUCUUUUUGUUUAAAAAUCAGUGUGCUACAUUACUUGCCAUGUAUCUUUAAAAUUUAUAUUUAACUCUGCUUGUGAAAUAUCUGUUCUUACUGAUUUUUAAAAUAUAUAUGUAUAUAUGUACAGCCAAGAACAUAUUUUGAGAAAUAAAGAGCAUACUUUAGAAGUUAUAUAAGGCUUGAAUUCACACAUUCUUUACAGAAAAUAUAUUUGGUUUGUACUUUAAACAUUACUACCUAAAUUAAUGUUAGUUUCAUGUACUUUGGAAUUAUGGUUUGUUCUAAGGAUAGGUCUCCUAACUGAAUUUAAUAAAAAAUUUAGUUUCAGUUUCCCUGUUAACUCUAUUAAAUUAAUUUUAUUUCCUUGAAAUUAAAAUUCUAGAAAUUUUUAAUCAUGGGUCCACAUUGUUAGUGCAAAUAUACAUCUCAUCUCAUUUGAACUUUGGCAAAAUGAAAAUAAAAGUGAAUAGAAUGGUUAACUGCCAAAGUGACUAGCAAAUAAAAAAAAAAAAAAAAAAGAAAAUCCACUGUAGGAUCUCCUCAUUCAUCUUAGAUCACCACAGAAUUGCUAGCUUAUUAUGUUUUUUAAUUUUAUAAUUAUUUUCCUUUAAAGAAUUUUACAAAGCCGACAGAUCUUGUGAUCUAAAAUAUAAAUAUAUAGAAUUAUAUAUAGAAUAUAAUGCCAACAAUAGCAAAAUUAUUAUUUUUCCCAUCCAAGGACAUGUUUAGAACCUGUAUAAAACUUGUGGCUUUUGGCGUAUCGUGAACUAUGUAGAAUACAACCCCAACAAAAUAGGCAAACUGGAGUUAAUAUACAAAUCACCUUUGAUCAACUAGCAGGUAAAGGUCAGUAUGCAGAUGAUUUAACACAGAUUAAUUACACUUUGAUAGCAUAUGAACAAAUUGCUGCUGCUAUCAAAGCAUGGAGCUCCCUCCCAGGAAAAGAUAGAGGAGAAGCCUUCACAAAAAUAGAGCAAGGUCCAAAUUAACCCUUUGCUGAUUUCCUGGUACGUCUGUCACAAGAACAAUGUGCAACAGGAAUAAUGAUAAAGCAACUUGCUAGAGAAAAUGAAGUUUGUAGAA